AUGUUGGUGGAAAGAAUGGAUCCUAACAUCAUCCUGCAGGUCAGUGAAACUGCUCAGUACGUGGCUCUUAGCCAGAUGCACCUCAACUUUGCCGCCGAGACUAUUAAUCCGCAUCCAGAUGGAGGUGAUCCGAGUGUCGAGUUUCGUGGUGGGGAGGCCUGGAGACAGAUGACGACAGGAGGCUCAGACCAGAAUUUGGUGAUCUACGAGAUCACGGAGUUCCCGAGGUUUGCAGACACACUCAGCACCAACAAUGUUCACUCCUAUCAUCUAAUGUUUUCUAUUCCAAUCUCUCUACAUUUAUCGCACUCUUCUAUUCUCUCCUCAUCCAUUCAUCUGCGAUCGUAUCCUCUCCCCAUGCCUCAAAUACCUCAUUCCAUCUCCUCUAUUAUUCUGCUAUCUUCAGACAUCUCCUGA